AUGUGGCCGUUCGGCCCCAGCUCGGCUAGCGGGUCUUUGGGUGGGCCUUGGGUUUGUGGCGUGUACAUCCGCCUGUAUUCAGAUUGGAUCGCAAUUUGGGCGCGCGAUAUGAAUCGUUCUGUUCGAGAUCUCCCCGUCGAUGGGGUGCGUAUAGAGUCCGGAUGGGGCCUGGAGGCUGAGAAGUAUUCAGCAAGGAGGUUGACUCCACCAGUCAGUGAAAUCACCGACCAGGAACCGGUGCGCAAGCACCACGUACCAGUAGGAGUCAGGUCCCUCCGUCGAGGUGGGAAGGUGCCUUCAAGAAUUGGGGCCCUGGGCACCGGCCUCUCGGUGGACUUCGCUGGGUCUGAGUGUGGGAGGUGGGAGGCAUUGGAGCUACUAGUUAGAGCAGGUAGAGGUCGAUGCAUUCUGAGGAUAAAUUUUCGGGCAUUCAUCGAGUCCCGCUCCCUGGAUGAGCGGCCGUAA